AUGGACCCAGACUGCAGCGGUGGGGACGACGCAGACAGCAGCGACUUUCUUGUGAAUGCCAUUAAGUAUAUCCAGAACACAAUGAGCAGUGAAGACCUACAAGACUUGCUGGCUGACGCCAAAAUCUGGGAGGCAUUUGUGAAUGAAAAUGUUUUGUCCAGGGAUGAAGCAGAUGUGAUAUAUGAAGUUCUGAGUGGUCUGAUAACAGACACAGCCACGGAAGAUAAAAAUGAGCAGGAGUUUAGGGAGCGGUUUCUGAAAUCAUAUCCUCAGAUUCAGCAGCAGCUUAAGAAGCACAUAGCCCAGCUCCAUGAACUUGCAGAUAAGGCAGACAAGGUACACAGGGACUGUACCAUCUCCAAUUUAGUGGCCAACUCCACCGGCAUUGUGUCUGGCAUUCUGACCAUUGUUGGCUUGAGUCUGGCACCAGUGACAGCAGGGGUCAGUCUGGCACUGACAGCAACUGGGGUGGGACUGGGAACAGCAGCUACUGUGACCACUGUGUCCACCAGCAUCGUGGAAAAGGUGAACAUGUCCUUUGUAGAAGCUGAAGCUAAUACCCUAUCAGCUGGAAUCAAUGAAGAGAAGGUGGUCAAGGAACUUCUAUGUGACCACUCAUCCAAGAUAGUUUCCAUAGGAGACACGAUUUUCAGGGGCCUGAAUGGCAUUCAGAAGAACGCCCGUGCUAUCAAAUUAGUCAAAUCCCAGCCUCAACUAGCAGGCCGUGCUGCACGCCUCAUGUCUGGUGGGAAACUGUCAGCCCAAGGCACCCGUCAAGUCGAGAAAGCUUUUGGAGGCACUGCUCUGGCAAUGACGAAAGGAGCCCGGAUCUUCGGUGUAGUCACUGCUGGCGCCACUGUUCUGAUGGAUGUAGUCAGCCUAGUGGAAAACUCAAAGGACUUGCACAAAGGGGCAAAAACACAGUCAGCUGAAAACCUGAGGCAGGAGGCCCAAGAGCUAGAGAAGAAGUUGGAAGAGCUGAACCAGAUCUAUGACAGUCUGCUGUAGUUCCUGACUCUGCGACUCCCAGGGCCACGCAAGGAGCAGGGACUUGUGUUGGACGAGGUGUGGCGGUUCCUUGUUCAUGUGGAAAAAAGCAAAAAAUGA